AAUCACUACGCGACGCCAGAUCGCCCCACUGCCUCCGCCAGCAACAAUUGUGUUUGACACUGCGCCGCACGCCGCUUGCCUACGUGAUCUUUCGCUCAGUGUGUUUCACUCGUGUAUCCUUCGUAUUUGUUCCGAAGAAGUGUAGUUACAGUAAACUUUGCGCAAAAAUUCAGACGAAAUGAGGAGCUGUUGGCUUAUUUACAGUUUCCUAAUCAUACUCUGUGGAUUCAUCCAGGUGACGAGACAGGAUAGAAAUGCCGAUCCCCUCAUAUUUACCGUGGCAUCAAAUCACACAGAUGGCCUCAAGAGGUACUUAAGAUCAGCAAAAGUCCAAGGAUUCAAGGAGAACAUCAAAGUACUAGGUUUUGGCCAGCCUUGGAAAGGUGGUAACAUGAAAUCUCUUGGCGGUGGAUACAAAAUAAAUCUUUUAAAGAAAGCUUUAAAAAAAUUCAAAAGUGACACAGAAAGAAUAGUUCUAGUUACCGAUGGUUACGAUGUCAUCUUCUUGACGUCCUUGGAUGAUAUCAUCAGGCGAUUCAAAUCUUUCAACGCACGAAUAGUGUUCUCUGCGGAGGGUUUCUGUUGGCCAGAUAAAACGCUGGCGUCUCAGUAUCCGGCAAUCACCAGAGGCGAACCUUAUUUAAAUUCUGGGGGAUUCAUCGGUUUUAUUUCAGAUGUCUACGCUAUGUUGACGAGCUCCAAAGUUCGAGACAAUGAUGAUGAUCAGUUAUUUUAUACAAAAAUUUACCUCGAUCCAGCGUUUAGAGAAAAACAUAAGAUAAAGCUAGACCAUGAGGCGGAGAUCUUCCAAAACCUCAACGGUGCUGUCGCUAAAGUGGAGUUGAGAUUUAAAAAAAACGAAGCUUAUCUCCAGAACACAGCCUACAAUACCGUCCCCAUGAUAGUCCACGGAAAUGGUCAUAGUAAAUUAGUCCUGAACGCCCUUGGAAAUUACCUCGCCAGAGCGUGGAGUCCAAAGGAAGGUUGCUUGAACUGCUAUGCUGGCAUUACAAAGCUCCCCGAAGACCAAGCGCAGACAUAUCCACCUAUUCUAAUGGCAUUAUAUAUUGACCGACCGACGCCUUUUCUAGAGGAAUUUUUCCAAAAAAUUUAUCAUCAGGAUUAUCCCAAGUUCAAACUACAUCUCUUUAUUUAUAACAGCAUAGCCCGGCACGAUUCUGUUAUUACGAAAUUCAUAGGCAACAGUGGCAGUGAAUACAAAAGCGUACAGAUGAUCGGCCAUAAUGAUAGUAUUGAACUUUCCGCUGCCAAAAGUUUGGCCAUGGAUCAGUGUUUGAGAAAGGAGUGCUCUGGGUAUUUUUCAGUAGAUUCAGUGGCUCAUUUGGAUAACGCACAGACACUUAAGCUUCUUGUGGAACAGCAAAGGGGUAUCGUUGGACCUCUUCUGGUGAGACGAGAACAGACUUGGAGUAAUUUUUGGGGAGCUAUUGCGGAUAAUGGUUAUUAUGCCAGAAGUGCUGAUUAUAUGGAUAUUAUUCGGAAUAAAAGACGGGGCUUGUGGAAUGUUCCUUACAUCACGAAUUGCUAUCUCAUUAACGUGACACUGCUCAGCAAUCCGGAGACUCGUCCGGUCUACACAAUCGAAGAGAUUGAACCGGAUAUGGCGUUCGCUAUGACCAAUCGUCAUAGAGAUAUUUUCAUGUACAUCAACAAUCGCUAUGAUUUUGGUCACUUAGUGGAUCCAGACAAUUAUGACCUCAGCCGCAAGCAUCCAGAUUUAUACGAGAUUAUUAGUAAUAAAUUUGACUGGCAGGACAGAUACAUCCAUGAAAAUUACAGCUACAACUUUAGUCCUCAUCAUAAACCCAUUCAGCCGUGUACUGAUGUUUUUUGGUUCCCCAUUGUCACUACUCGAUUUUGCCGGGAGUUCAUCCAAAUAAUGGAGAGCUAUGGGCAGUGGUCAGACGGAUCCAAUCACGAUUUUCGAUUGCAAGGCGGCUAUGAGAAUGUACCAACCCGGGACAUCCACAUGAACCAAGUGGAUUACGAAAGUCAAUGGUUGUAUUUUCUCAAAGAGUACGUCAGGCCUUUGCAGGAGUUGGUCUUCACCGGUUACUUUCACGACCCUCCAAGGUCACUGAUGAAUUUCGUCGUCCGAUAUAAACCGGAGGAGCAGCCAGCUCUCCGUCCUCACCAUGAUUCAUCAACAUAUACGAUAAAUAUCGCAUUAAAUGAAGCUGGAGUCGAUUAUGAGGGAGGCGGCUGUCGUUUUCUGAGAUAUAAUUGUUCGGUCACUGAUACUAAAGUUGGUUGGAUGUUGAUGCAUCCCGGCCGAUUAACACAUUAUCACGAGGGAUUGCAAGUGACUAAAGGAACUCGAUAUAUCAUGAUUUCAUUUGUUGAUCCUUAAAUGUAUUCUGCUAGAUUGAUAAAAAGUGCAAAAAAUAAUGGAUUCUGUAUCCAAAAAUGAUUCUUUUCGAGAACGUUUUUGAAGAUUCAUUCUUUCAGCAUCGGUUUUCAUUCACCUGCGAUUCCACAUGUGUACUAGUGUUUUGGAUGUGGAUACGUUCUAUUGGCUUAUUUAAGGAAACAUUAAAUUCGAAAAAUGUUGAUUUUUGGGAAAAGCAAUGCAUAUCCAUAGUAAAUGAAAACAUAAUAUUGUCCAUGUAAAAAAUUAAAUCAUGAAAAAUAAGACUGAAAAAAUCAAACGCAAACCGUCUACUUACACGGGCAGAAUUCCUGUUUCAGUUGAAGAUUCUCUAUCCGACAAUACAUCUAUUUACAUAUUUUACAGUAUUUAUAUUGGAAACAAUAAGUGUGUGAAAGAAUAAAUUUCUGUAACUUUCCAAUUUUGACUAUUAUGUUCUAUUUCUCCUAUCUCUAAUAGGAGUGGUACUUAUGAUUAUUUCGGCUCUGGGCUCAAAGGAAUAAUACUUAUCAAUACUCUACCGGUAUUUAAAUUCAACUGGAAAAAAUAUUUCUCCAUGGUCAUAUAAACCAAUAUAAUUCAAGAAAUCUCCUCCACCAAUAAAGAAUUCCAAAAUA